CCGUCCUCUUCUGACGCACGACAUGCCACCCGCCAAUCACUGUCACCCGCUGCCUCCGGACGGCAGUUUCCGCAAGAGGAUGAGACAAGUUCAGAUGGAUCUGCUUCAUCUAUCUCCUGCUGAAGUGCCAGGAUAAAAAAAAGCACAACUAUCUAACAAUGUUGGUGUUGCAGCUGAGAACCUAGUGCCGGACCCUAAAGUCCCAGAAGCUGGAGCUGAUGAAGAUUGUGCUCACUGUGCCGAAGAUUCUGAUGAAGACGAGAAUGAUGAAUUUAUGUGUACUCUUGGCAAUAGUGGACGGAAGAAACGUUUUUCUACACGCGAAAAGCAAGUUUUGGUCGAAGAGGUCUGUGCAAAAUAUGAUCUUCUUUGUGGACGGGAUAGUGAACGGUUACCGCUCAGCCACCGUAAAAAUAUUUGGCGAGACAUUUGUGAUAAAGUUAAUGCCCAAGGUAUCCAAAGACGUACUGUAAAUGACAUUCAAAGAAAGUGGCAUGAUUGUCGUCGGAUUGUGAAGGCGAAGCUUGUUAAAAUGUAUCAUCAUGCCAAACAAACAGGCGGGGGCCCUCCCAGCAAGAAAAAAUUGGAUGCUACUGAUGAUUUGGUUGCCAAUACUUUUCUCAAAGAGCAGAUUGAAGGGAUAGGCAACUUUGAUGUCAUGGCUGGACUAGUUGGAGUGUUCGACAAAAAUAAUAAUGAUGUUGAUUUUGAUGAUGACCACGACAGUGUUGAAGAACUGUCUGAUGAGGUUAGCCGUAACCAAACAAACAGAAGCCAGCCUUCCAAGCGACAUUCUGACAGUAGGGACUCACUUGCACGUCUAGUGAGAAGUUAUGUAGAGAAAAAUGAAAAUUAUUACCAGAAAUUUCUGGAAACACAAAGUUUGAUGCAAAAUGUAAUCGAAAAGUCUUGUUCACACAUUAGUGGGCAAAUUUCGGAAAUGACUGCAGCAGUAAAAGAUUUAACAUCUGUCAUUAUAAAUGUUUGUCAGAAUUCUGCCAGCCAUACUGCAACACACUCAACCCACACCGAAGAGAUGCAAAAUAUUUUAGAAGAAAAAAUUGAAGUUGACGAAGUGUUUCUGAGCUCAAUUCCCAAAUCUAACAAUGAACCAACUCCAUUGCAAGGAGAGGAAUCAGUAUGUGAUGUAGUCCCCACCCCAGAAAAAUUCACUUAGUCAGAUAAAUUGGGUUUCUCUGCCUUCAAGGUCUACUAAACCAAAUAAGGACAAAGCUAGUCCAAAUUCAAAUGUUCGAAGGGUUAAAAAACAAAAUUCACAAAAUGCAAAGUAUCUAAUGGGAAUUAAAUCCGAACUAAGUGAUUUAGCGGAAGAAGUUUUGCCAAAUGACACAUUGGUCUCACAUGUAACUACUAGGUCCAACGUUAAAUUGUCAAAGACAUUUGCCAAAAAAAAACUUAGGGCAAGUGCAAAGAAAAAAAUAUAACAUCUAACUUUACACUCUUGUCCUCAUGUUGGCUUUGAGAUAGAAGCUUAUAUGUUGACUUAGCUUUAAAAGUAUAUUCCACUGUUAAACAUUUUAGCUUUCACAAAAUAGGGGGACAUUUCGCAAAACCUGUAUUGAGGAACAGUUGCACAGUUGUCCAUAGCAACCAAUCAGAUCGUUUAGUUUCUGUAGCAGAGGCCUGUUUAGAAAUGAAAGAAGCAAUCUGACUGGUUGCUAUGGUCAACUGUGCAAUUUUUACUUUGGUCACAUUUGUCUAAAUCUCAAACCACAUAAUGAUUUCUUCUUGAUAAUGUAUUUUGUUGGAAGCACAUUCCUUACUAGUUGGCAUUGUUGAUAUUUUCUAGAUUUUUGUGGCAAAUUUUCCUGGAUCAUGCCAUGAUUCCUAAAUUCUUCACAAUUCAGAAUUGUUUACCCGAUUUGAGAGGGGGGGGGACUUUGGUGACAGUUGUAUAUUAGGUAAGUUUUUGCUAAAUGUUUUUGUUUCUAAAUUUGGGUUAGUUUCCCCAAAAAUUAAACAGAUAGGUGGCGAGUUAUACAAACCGGUGUAGAGGAAAAGUUGCUGAGUUGGCCCUAGCAACCAAUCACAUCACUUUUCGCAUUUUCAACAAGGCCUCUGUAAAUUAAAAUAAGCGAGCAGAUUGGCUUUGAUGUGCAACUCAGCAACUUUUACUCUUCCCAGGUUGGGAGAAAUCGGCUAGAGAUGAUUUGAGCUAUGUGUACAUUGUGUUUGGCGAUUUAAAAAUGUAUACUACAAAAUUAGCAGACAUUACAUUCUUCAGAAAGGAUAAUGAGGAACCCCUAGUUCAUGUACGGAACACAUGAAAAAUAUGUGUUAAAUUGAAAGUAUUAAAUGUGUAGUUCUUGUUGGGAUUUGAACCAAGACCACAGAGCCAUCAUGAUAUUCUAAGACUAC